AUGGGUGGGGGAUUUGAUUUGCAACCAAUUCUGACCACACAGCUAUCACAAAAACAAUUUUAUUUGAAAAAAAAAUCAAUACUUCUCUGCCAUCACGAUCAAAACCAUUUCAUCCAUUUAUCAAUGAUAUUGAGGCAUAAACUACUAAAACAUUUCUUUUCUGCAAGGUCAUAUUCUACCGUCAACAAUGUUGCACUACUGAAAAUACGAAAUAUUGGAAUAAUUGCUCACAUCGAUGCAGGGAAAACUACCACCACUGAGCGAAUGAUAUAUUACAGUGGGAAAAGUAGAAGAAUCGGGAAUGUUGAUGAAGGGGAUACUGUUACCGAUUAUCUUCGAUCAGAAAGAGAGCGUGGGAUUACCAUUCAACUGGCAGCCACUACAAUACCAUGGAACCAACACAAAAUCAAUAUAAUUGAUACUCCUGGCCAUGCUGAUUUCACAUUCGAGGUAGUUCGUUCAUUGAGAGUUUUGGAUGGAGCUGUCACCAUCUUGGAUGCAGUCGCUGGAGUUGAAGCACAAACCGAGAAAGUAUGGAAGCAAGCAAGUGUGUUGGGUUUGCCAAGGAUUGUAUAUAUAAAUAAGAUGGAUCGUCCCGGGGCUGGAUUUAGCAGAACUGUUCGAGAAGUUAUACAAAAGCUAGAGACAAGGGUGGUUUUAUGCAACCUUCCGUACUUUGAGGUUGCAGCUGAUCAAGAGUACAUCUUUAAAGGGGUUAUUGAUGUAUUGCAUGGUAAAUUAUUAAAGUGGAAAGAAGAGGACGAGUUUGGCAAAGAAAUUGAUGUUCUUAACUUGGAUGAAUCCAAGCCUGAUCUAUAUGAAAUGUAUUGCAAGGCAAGAGAGUCUAUGGUGGAGACUCUUGGUGAAGUUGACGAGUCAAUCAUUGAUGCUUUUCUUGAAAAUGAUGAAGAUUAUCUAAAGAUUUCUCCUGAUUUGUUAGACCAGUCUAUUCGAAAAGCCACGGUUGGGAAUUAUUUGACCCCCGUUUUAUGUGGAUCUUCAUUUAGGAACAUUGGAGUGCAACCAUUGAUGGAUGGAAUUACAAAGUAUUUACCAUCGCCUUUGCAAACAACGUUGCCAGAGAUUAAAAGCAAAAAGAAGGAAAUUUCUAAAAAGAUGGAUGAUGCGAGAGGAUUAAUCUUCAAUAAUGAUAGAAAUUUGACGGUUGGUCUAGUGUUCAAAGUCAUGACACACGCAACGAGAGGACCCAUGACUUUUGUUAGAGUUUACAGUGGGAAGUUGAGUGCAUCGACCAACUUGAUCAAUACCAGGACUGGAAAGAAACUUUUGGUGAGAAAUUUACUCGUUAUGCAUGGUGACACACCCGAAGAAGUCAAAAGCGUUAGUGCUGGCGAUAUCGGUGUCAUUCCUGGAUAUGAAAUCGAGUUCAAGACUGGUGAUACAUUUGUUUGUAGUGCUGUGGGUAAAAAAUCAAUGGGACCAAUUGAGUCGAGUAUGUCAUUGAUGCCUAUUGAUAUCCCCCCACCUUUGUUUAAUGCAAGCAUAGAACCACAUACAGCUGGGGAUGAAGCAUACAUGAAAAAAUGUUUGGAUAUUUUAGUUCGUGAAGAUCCAUCUUUGAAAGUACACGCGGAUGAAGAAUUGGGUCAAACAGUGCUCAGUGGAAUGGGGGAACUACAUCUUGAUAUUGUACGUGAGAGAUUGAUUAAUGACAUGAAAGCAAAGGUCAACUUGCGUGAUGUGGCAGUUUCAUUCAAGGAAUCGUUUGUGGGUAAAACAGAGUCACAGGGAGGUUUCGAAGAUGAAAAUAUACAAGUUAGGCUAAAUGUUGGUCACGUUGAAAACUGCUCCAACUUUGAGUCCGUGCCCGGUGCACAAGUAUUUGAAGAUGAGAACAAUGUUAUAAUCUUGCCCGAUUCUGCAGCCUCGGAACAUGUGAAGACCGCAUUGAGUGACCGAAGAUGGAAAUGUCCAAAUUCAAUAGAUGACUUAAAAGAAGCUCUCAUAAAUGGAUGUUUGACCUCCUUACAAAUGGGUGGCCCACAAUUGGGACUUUCGUUGCAUUCCACCUUGGUUACAAUAACUCACUGGGAUGCUCCGGUCGAUAAAGGUGGGGACUUGGUUCCCUCAUUGAUGAAUGCAAGCAGACAAGCUAUCCAAUCAAUAAAAGAUACCGAAUCUAACUUUGCUAUUUUCGAACCGGUAAUGAUCACAAAAGUAUAUGUCAAUUCGAACGACUUGGGUGAAGUAUCCCAUGAUUUGACGCAAAGAUGUCAGGCUGUCAUUUUAGCAGUUGAAGAUGAAUCUGUACAGGAUACCGAGAUUGCUGAUUGGACAGCAGAAGUUGCUGAAAAGACUUAUGUUCCACCUGACUAUACAUUAUCGCGAACAAAGGGUAGAAAUGAGGAUUUUGCCAAUAAGAAAAUCAUUAUAGCUGAAACACCAUUGAAAGAGAUGAUUGGUUACUUGUCCAAAUUGAGAGCUCUUACACAAGGAAGAGCUACUUUUGACAUGUCAUUCAUUGGGAUGAGACGUGUAUCAGGAUCAAGAGCUGACUCAAUUGCUCGUGGGUGA